AGACGAUGUAGUUCCCAACCCAUCCAGCCGAGGCAUGUCCUAUGUCACAGCUGGGGUAACAUGGCUGCUGUGUAUCUGGCUACUCUUCUUGUUAUACUUGCAGAGCACGCUAGUAGCAAGGAGGAGCUCAAGUACAUGGGUUGCUACAAUAUGAGUUUGGUGGGGAAGAGACUGGAUGGACAGCCAAAACUGGUGCAGUGUUUGGACCUCUGCCGAGAGUCCGGGAACGAGUUAGCCGCCUACCGAACCCCACACUUCUGCCAUUGCGUACAGAAGAUGUUUAAGUUUCCUGCUGAGGAUGACAAGGAGUGCUCCUUCCCGUGUCAAGAAGAUAACACCAAGAGUUGUGGAGGUGCUCGAACAAUCUCCUUAUACAGCAAAACAUACACUAAUCAAACUCAUUCCGACUUACGCACAGAGCACGCUAGUAACAAGAAGAAGCUCAAGUACGUAGGUUGCUACAAUAUGGGUUUGGUGGGAAAGAGGCUCGAAGGGCAGCCCAAAUUGGUGCAGUGUUUGGACCUCUGCCGAGAGUCCGGGAACGAGUUAGCCGCCUACCGAACCCCACACUUCUGCCAUUGCGUACAUAAGAUGUUUGAGUUUCCUGCUGAAGAUGACAAGAAGUGCUCCUUCCGGUGUCAAGAAGAUAACACCAAGAGUUGUGGAGGUGCUCGAACAAUCUCCUUAUACGAGUACAGCGAAACAUACACUAAUGACUUGAACGCAGUUAGUCAUCAUGGAUCCAACAUUAUUCCUCUUAUUCUCUUCAUCGGCGUCGUCACGUUCUUCAUCUCCAUUUCUGUUUUGAUAAUAUCGCUGGCAUUUUGCAGAUCUCGACGAGAAUUAAGAAUUGAGCACCAACAACUUUCAUUGAGUUAACAACAAUUAGGAAAAAAUGUAACAUACGUUUGUAUUGAAUUGUGAUUUACUUUAAUAUUUUGGCCAUAGUAUCAUAUAUUAGUAAUUAAAAUGAAAAUUUCUUUUCAAAUUUAACAGACUGUACGUAACAAAAAACUCGUUGAUUUUAAAAUGUCUUAUUGGCCACUGUUUUUGAGAUAGUGAUUUACUUCCCGCUAUGCAGUUUGCCUUUGUAUGAUGCGCCUGUUUUUUAUGAUGAACUUGUGAGAUAUUGAAAGGCGUGAGAACAAAGAUUAUAUUAUAUUUUUCAGUGAUAAUAUGACCCUAAAAUGCUAGAUCAAAUGAUAAGUUUUAUUUUUGUUAAUCUUAAUUUAAUAGGCUUGAAAAGUUCUAAAUAUAAUUUGACGCUUUUGCUAGUAGGUCCCUGUUUGUAUUAGAAUUAUUUCUUCCGCGACAGUUUCCAGUUGUAUAAAAAGUAUAUUCAUUAUGCCGCUGCACAUAAUAAUAUAAAAUUAUAAUUAUGUGGAAUACAAUAAAUUACUCUUUAUUUUAAUUCUGAAUGAUGUUAUGGGUUAUUAAAAAUGAGUUCGGGGAAAAUGUGUUAAAAUUCAUUGAAAACCUCCCACCAAUGCUUUCAUAUAUAUGCAUCCACUUUUCAAAUAUUUCACCAUCUCACACAUGUCACAGUACUGCUGAAACAGUCCUAAACAAAGGAUGGCUCCGGAGAAAAGUUAUUACAUACUUUAAAAAAUAUUAAUCAUUUAGUGUAUUCCCAUCUCUGAUAAUAUUAACAUUUAAAAACCAAAACUAUUUCCACUGUGUCGAAUUGACCGGACGAUAUUUAUUUGCUUGUAUUAGAAUUGCCCUCAAAUGCUAUUUCAAAUGAUACAUUUUAUUCUUUUUAAACGUCGAAUACCCCGGUUACAUUGUAAACAAUGUGUAAGAAAAUUGUUUUAUAUGAUUUGAUGCAUUUGCUCAAUUAAACCUGAUUCAA